AUGAGCCAUCUGCCUGUAAAGAAAGAGGUGGUCGUUAAGAAGGAAGAAGCAGAUGGGAGCUCUUCGCCAGCAAUGUCGUCAUCAAAUGGUAAAAGUUCAUCGGACCAAGGAUGGCAAGACAUCCCAUUAAAAUGUUGUACAAAAGAGGAUAUCAAAGACAUUCGAUACCACAUAAUGAAGUUUCAGUCUAAACAAAACGUGGAUAUCAUUGAAAACUUCACGAAGCCGGUGAGGUUACAUAGAAAGGAUCCAAGAAAUAUCCAAUUUCAUUUGACAAGAGCGGAAGUAGAUAAACGGAAGAGAGAAGAAGAAGAAGCGAAAAUUGAGAAAGAAAAGCAAAAGCAGGAGUCAAUUGAAGCUGCUGAAAAGGAAGCAAUAGCGAAUGGAGAAGAUCCUAAGAAUAUCAACAGAGAUGAGGUAGAUAUGUCUCAGGUGGCACCAGAUGGAGGAGCUAGAAAGCUGAAAAAGAGCUUGUUCAAAAGAAAGACCAGGCAAAUAAAUCUAAUGGAUGAUCAGAAAAGAAAACUAAGAUAUGAAGAAUAUUACCCGUGGGUUGUAGAAGAUUACGAUGGAAAAAACGUCUUUGUCGGGAACUAUGAGGCGGGCUCGUCGGAUACACAACAAGUGCUAUUUGUUUUUGAUAAGGAUGGGUUUAAAAUGGUGCCAGCAGAGAAGGUUUAUAAGUUUACGCAAAGAAAUAAGUACGCAACCUUGACACUAGAAGAGGCUGAAGCCAAAAUGGAAAAAAAUUCUUCUGUUCCAAGGUGGUUAAUGAGACAUAUGGAAGAUAACUCCGGGUUAGAAGGUGCCACAGCAGAUCAAAGAUUUAGACAUAAUGUAGGUUCUUCAAGAGAUGGUAGUACUCUGGCCUCGUCUAAUAAUAGGGGAAGAUUAAGAACCGUUUUGGGGGGUUCAACUUCAAACGAACGAGAUUCUGAUCAUGAUGAUCUUGAUUUCGACGAGGAGUUUGCUGAUGAUGAGGAAGCUCCAAUAAUGGAUGGUGAUGAAGAAGAGAACAAAUUGUCUGAACAAAAGAUUAAAAAGGAAAUGUUAAAAGCAGCCCAUUUUGAUGGUCAAUCUGAUGCAGAAGUCGAUGAUGAUGACUUAGAUGACUUGUUUGAAACGGAGAAGUCUAGAAAGGUUGAUAAAGAAGGUAAAAAGUUGCGUAAGGUGUUGAAUAAAACAGAGGGUGGUGUAUAUGAUAGUGAUGAUGAUGAUAAGUUAAACCCAUACUUAUCAAAGUCUGAUUUAGAAAGUGACGAUGAAAGUGACGAUGAUGCGGCUAUUAAGAAGGAAGAUGAGGAUAGGUUACUAGAUAAUAUAGAUUCUGAUAAGCCGGCGCAAAGAUCAUUUACUGCGCAAAAUAUUGGAGACGGAUUUGUUCUUGUUAGAGCGCCUCCUUCAUUCUUAAGUGGAUUCCCAAAUGGUGAUUGGAACCCAAAUGGUCGCAAAAGGCCAGCAGUGGCUAAUAAUGACCCUAGCAAGAAGGCAAAGUUUGAUGAUGGCAAGACGAAACUAAAGGUAUCUAUCAAAAAAGAAAACGGCAGUCCAUCACCUUCAUUACCUGGAAGUCCUAUAAACGCAACGCUGGAUGUGGAUUUAACAUCAGGAGGGCCUGAUAAUGUUUUAGUUACUGUGAAGGAAGUCUUAGAUAUUGUCAAGGAUAAUCCAUUAACGACUAAGGAAUUAUUAUUCGGUUUAAAGAAUAGAGUUAAUGCUCAUAAAGAUAAUAAAUUAAGGAUUAUUAGUAUUGUUAAGCAGAAUUUGAGGUUAGUUGACGGAAAAUUAGUCUUGAAGGAUGAAUAA